AUGCACCACAAAACACUCUCCGCGUACUAUCCUCGCCUGUGCACACUGGAAGAGUACCUCUCGUCAUACGAAGGGCUAGUCUACCACUCUGAUCCCGAAGGCUACCGCGCUCUUGUAAAGGGCGUGCUGUGUGCUGAACGCCACCACAAGCUGGGUCCUUUCCCUUCCCUCGGACCCGUAGAAGGAUCGCAGCAGGAGGCGAUCGAUAGCCUACUUCGCGCGCUGGGUCACGAUGUGCUCGUGCUCGGUAAUAGGGCAAAAGGUUGGAACAACCAGCAGACUCAAGCAGCCCAGGAGACACAGUAUGUCGGUGAACCUGCUGAUGCACUCCGUGCCCGGCCAUGGCGCAUCCUGCGCAGCCGGAUCGGCGAUGCAGGGUUCCGCCAUCUCUUUCUCACCGCCAACGUCUUCCUCCCCCUUGGCAACAACUGCUACCUACAACUGAGUGGGCCGCCAAUGCACGAGCUCUACAACUCCCGUACUGCAGAGGAAGCUGUCCAGAGAGGGAAGAAGCGCAAACGCGACGAGUCUCCUGCGAAGAAGUCAAAAUCGAGCAGAGGGCCCGGACCUGAGAAGCUUCUGGCGGCGAUCUUCCCCGACAUGAUCGACCGCAGGGGCGACCUCAAGGGCAGUGCGGCCAGAGUCACGACUAUGAAAUCCGCCAUGACAGAGUUGCAAACAGACCAUGAUCGGACGAACUAUGGUCUGCUUCUUCACAGAGCACUGAGCCGAACAAGCGCGUAUCCUCCACUGCCUAGGAAGCUCGAGGAGAUUGAUCAACUACCGUCAAAGGAAACCCUUGAGCCCAUCAGCCAAAGCCAAGUAUGCCGUUUCACUACUGCCGCGGUCCGUAGCCUUGUCGGCGAAGUGGUCGGCAGUCAGCACAACCUCGACGUGAUCUGUCGCAAUGUUCGAGCCGAUAUCACUGCACACUGUGAUGCAAGACAUGCGGGUAAACGACCUGGACUGGCUGCCUGCUUCUAUGCGACAGAAACUGCCACGACUCGUUACGAGACGGUUUACUACAACCAUGCAGCGUGGAUGGCGCAUUCGCGGCCGCACCUGCGCUCGCUGGCGAACUCCUUACUCGAGGAGCUGAAGGAGGAGGACGUCGAAGCAGCACUGCGCAGCACGCACGGCGCCAGUGCUGUUCGUUUGAUCCCGAAGGCGACCGGUUUCCGCCCGAUCGUGAACUUGGGGCGCCGAAUUGUGGGUGGAACUCGGGAGGACGUUCUGACCCUCCAGAAAGCAGCUGGCGCAGCUCGCCCACAGAGUGCCAACGAGGCACUAAGAGGUUUGCACGAGAUCUUGACGCUCGAGAAGAACCGUCACCGCGCUGAGAUGGGCGCCUGUCUAUUCGGCACGAACGAGAUCUUCGCCCCCGUACAAGCACUGAAACGCGAGUUGACCGAGGACCAUGGACGAGUCGACUACAGCCUCAUCGCCUACGUGCUCAUGCUUCCGCCAGCAAGCCAGGCAUCGCAGAGUACACCGCGGCGGCUCUUCAAGACCCGUGCCGCUGUCGCUGACUCCUCCCUCAGCCAAUGGGGCGAACAUGCGCGCUCCGUUGCCGAGCCCAUGCGUAAUGCCGUUCUCGUCGAUCUCGUGAGAAGUGGCCUCAUGGUGAACGCUAAUGCCAGGUCCGACGCAAAAGCACGACGCGCGCUGAAUGUCUUGCUCAACUGCGAGCUCACGUUGCUCAGAACGUGUGGCAGCUCGGCAGCAAGCUGUACCGCCAGAAGACAGGCAUCCCUCAAGGCUCGAAGAUCUCGAGUCUGCUGUGUUCUCUGUUCUAUGCUGACCUUGAGCGCAAACACCUCAGCUUUACACAGCGCCGCGGCACGGUGGGUCCUAGCUGAUCCUGCCUCCGAUAUCGCUUAG